AGAACACUUGGAGUCUGACACUGAACGGGGCAGAGCUUAGAGCACCUUGGCUUCUCAGUGACCGCAGCAACAGCCAUGAGGGUUGCCUGUCUCGCCCUUCCAUUUCUGGUCACCGCCGUCACCUCAUUCCGCUACGCCAAGGUGGACACUUCAUUUCCUGACACCAUCGCUCCGUGCGUCCUGGGAUCCACCACCUUCAAGGCCAGCAUAUCGCCGUCCCCGGUCCACCUGCGAUGCGGCGCCGUGUGCAGCUUCACUCCCUACUGCAGCCUCUUCUGUGUCACCGGGCUUAAGUGUGACACUUUCAACGCCAAGGCCACGAAGGAGUGGGUGGGGCCGGGCAAAGGCGCCUACGUGUAUGACGCUUGCUUCUCAAUACACCCGCUUGUGGGGGACGCCGCGCUGCGCUCCCCCACGGCUGCCGGCACGGUAUACUCUAUCUACGAUCACAAGAACGCCGUAUCCGAGGACUUCUUCUGCUUCAGCACAACGAAAUAUUACGAGAGCGAUAUCAAAGGCCAGCCGUGGUGGCGGGUGGACCUCGGCGCGCCGCUGCCCGUGGUCGGGGUGAGGAUCAGCCGAGUCGGCCUCAUCGACAGUAACGUUGAGUUCCGCGUUGGCAACGACACUGCGGUGGCCAAGAGCGCCUUGCUGCAGCCGCCGCCCUCCUGGACGCCCAACGGAGGCUUGGAACUCGUGCCCAACACGCCUAUUGUCGGCAGGUACUUCUUCGUCACGGAGCCGCAAAUUUCUGACAUCCGCCUCUGCGACGUCUGGGUUAUGACGAAGUUCCUCGACUGAAAACAGGAACGCGGCGCAACACUCCUAACAUCGUUUAGUAAUAUGGUUGGGGAAAUGGAAUAGACUCAGCAAUCACUUAGUGCAGGGAUAAUAGCUUGUUUUAAGAGUAGACUGGAUAGUUACAUGGACGAGGAUGACAGGUGGCAGUGAGGUGUGGGUGCAGUAAGGAGACAGGGUACUGGAGCGUACACCCGUACCGAAGGUAAACGAGGAUCAAGCCUCUACCUGUAAUGCCUGAAACUACACCUCACCCAUCGUGAGUAGUGGGGGGGAUUCUGGAGCUGCCCUGUGUAGGCCACCCGGCCUCUUGCAGUUUCCCUAUGUUCUUAUGUUCUUUAUGUUCUUAUGUUCUAUGCACAGUAACAGAACUAUAUCUUAUGUUUUGUGUAAUGGGUCUCUGUAUAUAUAGUAUCGUGAACCAAUGUGCGCACGGCACAGUUAUGUACGACGGAAAAAAUAGUGACAAGUGUUUGAGUUUCCCUCACAGCCAGUGUCCCGACGCACGCAUGGCUUCCCCGCCGCCAACCCUCCACACCUGUACAACGAGUGCUAGAAGGUAUUCCACAUUGGCCUAACACACAACACACAUAUACAUACGUGAACAGGCGGCCUCCUGCCAUCCAACGUCGAUGAGGGGCGUGGGUCAUGACCCGAGGGUGCUUCCCGUCCCUCUCCCUGGCCAUGUAACGUCGACGUUACCUGGAAGUCCUGCUCCACCACCACCCCUGCCACCCACUGCAGGAACACCACUGAUGCAAGAUAACUGAGGCCCACAGACAGCAACAGUGGACAAUAUUUCCUCUAGCUUUCGCCCCGAGACAGCCCCUUCCCCGCCCCCUGUAGCCCCUGUCGUGCUUUCAUGAAGUGUAACAUAGCCCCAAGUUCCUGCCGGAGGGGGGAGGGGGUGGAGGUAGCCAAGGAACGGAGGGUUUUAAUAUUUAUUGAUGCUGAUGGCCACUUAAUGCUCUAGUUGGCACCCGUACGUAGGUAACACGGGCUGGGCAUGCGCGUGACCUCCUCCGCGGCCGCGUGCUUCCUCAGUGCAUCCUAUCAGUCUCGGUUACUUUUUUUGUCAUAAUUAUUACGUAGCAUUAUUAUUAUUUUUAUUAUUAUUAUUAUUAUUAUUAUUAUUAUUAUUACUAUUAUUAUUAUUAUUAUUAUUAUUAUUAUUAUUAUUAUUAUUAUUAUUAUUAUUAUUAUUAUUAUUAUUAUUAUUAUCAUUAUUAUUAUUAUUAUUAUUAUUA